UCCAUGGAUGCAAACUUUCUAUAUAUACUGUUGGUUCUAGCUAGCUCGAUCAAUAUCAUCAUCGAUCGAGCAGAGCAGGCGAUCGAUCUAGCUAGCCCUAUAGCUCACGCACCAUUGUAUUAUAUUAAUUAUACAGAAAACUAAGCUGCUAGGACGAUGAUGAUGGGGCGGAGGCGCGCCGGCAUGGCGGUGGCGGUGGCGGUGGCGGUUCUGCUGGCGCUGUCGUCGUCCUGCGGCGUGGCGUCGGCGAGGGGGCCGACCAGGACCAGGAAACCCCCGGCCAAGAAGACGCUGCCGGCAGGGCAGAAGCCACCGGCAAAAUCCAAGUUCUUCCCGCUCACCCCGGGCAGGUUUGGGCACAAGCGCAACUACGAGGCCUCCUGCGCCGACGAGGGCGGUCCGUCCUGCUACGUCGGCUGCCCUUCCGAUUGCCCAAAAUCCUGCCUCGUCUUCUGCGAAUACUGCCUCGCCUUCUGUGCUUGUGACCUCCGGCCGGGCACCUCCUGCGGCGACCCUCGCUUCACCGGCGGCGACGGCAACACCUUCUACUUCCACGGCAACAAGGACCAGGAUUUCUGCAUCGUGUCCGACGCCGACCUCCACAUCAACGCGCACUUCAUCGGCAACCACAACCCGGCCCUCAACCGCGACUUCACCUGGGUGCAGGCGCUGGGCGUCACCUUCCGCGGCGGCGGCGACGACAACCACCACCGGCUCUACGUCGGUGCACGCAGGGCCGUGGAGUGGGACGAGGAGGAGGACCACAUCCAGGUCACCUUGGACGGCGAGCCCGUCGACGUGGACGCCGUCCGGAACGCGCGCUGGUCGUCCAAGGCCCUCCCGGGGCUCUCCGUCAGGCGCACCAAGGACGUCAACGCCGUCACGGUGGAGCUGGACGGCGUCUUCGCCAUCUCCGCCGGCGCCGUGCCCAUCACCGACGAGGACGACAGGGUCCACCGCUACGGAAAGACGGGCCGCGACAGCCUCGUGCACCUCGACCUUGGAUUCCAGUUCCAUAACCUCACCGGCGACGUCGACGGCGUGCUGGGCCAGACCUACCGCCCUGGCUACGUCACCAAGCUGAACAUCACCGCCAACAUGCCCAUCAUGGGCGGCGCACCCAACUACCGGUCCGCGGGCCUCUUCUCCACUGACUGCGCCGUCUCCAGGUUCCACCGCCGCGACCGCGACGACGCCGCCAUUGCUGCCGCAAGCGUCGUCACCACAUAUGCCUCUUAAUUAAAAAUACACACGCGUACACUCCUCCGCAUGGCCGCUCAUCCGUCAUCGGGCGUGCUGCCAUGCAUGAUCGAGGAAGACCAAAUAAUUAAGAAUGAACGGAGCCAGCCCAACAAUAUACUCCGUCGUUGUCGUCGUCCUAUAUAUGUACUACUCUUACAUACCCUUGUCAGCAAGAAAUAAUUAAGCCUACGCUAAGUGAUCAUUCCAUUGAUCGAAAAUUUGUUAUUAUGUAAGGAGCUCAACAAAUUGAAUUGUGAUACUCGUUUCCCAUGCA